UCAACACUAGCGAAAAAAAUGCCACUUUCUUUGCAAUCUCCGCCUUCUCCAACUCUCUCUGCUUCGAUCCAAAAGGGACGAUGGAAGACGGUUGCCGCCGGAUUCUCCGUUGCUUCUCCUCUCGCCGUUAACUUCAGUCUCCGGCGAUCGAUUCCCAGGAUUCAUGCUUCCGCUAGCUCAUCCUCCUCCUCCUCUCCAUCUUCUUCAUCUCUCGGAGCUGGUGAGAACAAUGAGCUGGAUGCUGUAUCAGCUUUUAGCGAGAUUGUCCCUGAUACGGUCGUUUUCGAUGACUUUGAGAGGUUCCCGCCAACUGCAGCUACUGUUAGCUCUUCUCUCCUCCUUGGAAUCUGCGGUCUCCCCGAUACAAUUUUCCGCAAUGCUGUGGACAUGGCUUUGGCGGAUGCUUCUUGUGCAGGGCUCGAUACCACUGAGUCGAGACUCUCUUGCUUUUUCAAUAAGGUUGAUCUUCUAAUCCCUUAUCUGUCUUUUUUAGCCAUCGGAUCUUUUUUCUGCUCAGAGCUAUUAUCACCUAAUACUGAUGAGAGAACUGUGCAGGCUAUUGUCAACGUAGGUGGUGAUCUCGUCAAGCUCGUUCCAGGUCGAGUCUCGACUGAAGUGGAUGCACGUCUUUCUUAUGACACAAACGCCAUUAUCCGUAAGGUUCAUGAUCUGUUGAGACUAUACAAUGAAAUCGAUGUACCGCAUGACCGGCUCUUGUUCAAAAUCCCUGCAACUUGGCAAGGUAUUGAAGCUGCAAGAUUGCUGGAAUCCGAGGGAAUCCAAACGCACUUGACCUUCGUUUACAGCUUUGCUCAAGCUGCAGCAGCCGCUCAAGCCGGUGCUUCUGUCAUUCAAAUUUUCGUCGGUCGCCUCAGGGAUUGGGCUCGUAACCACUCGGGAGAUACCGAGAUUGAAGCUGCUAUCAAAUCCGGGGAAGAUCCUGGUUUGGCUUUGGUUAAAAGAUCAUACAACUACAUCCACAAGUAUGGUUACAAGUCCAGGCUAAUGGCUGCUGCUGUCCGAAACAAGCAAGACUUGUUCAACCUUCUCGGGGUUGAUUAUGUCAUUGCACCGUUAAAGGUACUGCAAUCUCUCAAAGACUCACCUGCGAUUCCCGAUGAUGAAAAGUACUCAUUCGUUCGGAAACUUUCUCCUGAUACCGCAACGCAUUACAACUUCACCAACAAAGAGCUGAUCAAAUGGGACCAGCUAAGCUUGGCUUCAGCUAUGGGUCCUGCAUCUGUAGAGCUUUUAUCAGCUGGAGUCGAAGGUUAUGCGAACCAAGCCAGACGCGUUGAAGAGCUCUUUGGGAAGAUUUGGCCACCUCCUAAUGUCUAA